AUAAAAGCGGGAAAAAAUCUCGAAAAUGAAAAUUCUUUGCCGGAUUUUAUUUGUGAGGCUGUUGAUGGGAUUGAUCUCCCAAACCUGGUAUGUUCCUGAUGAAACAUGGCAGAGUGUCGAGGUAUCUCACGAUGUAGUUUAUGGAGUCGGAUACCGAACCUGGGAGUGGGAUGAGAAGAUUAGAUCUAGUUUACAUCCUCUACUCUUCUCUCUUCCUCUUCUUCUUCUUAAACUUACAGGACUAGACUCACAGUUCAUGGUUGUUCUUCUCCCUAAACUCAUGCAGGGAGGAAUAACUGGACUUAGUGAAUAUUGUCUCUACAGGGUGAUUGGUCAAAAUGAACGGGUUGGAUCUUGGUUUCUCCUGAUAACCCUGUUUAACUGGCACACCCUGUAUUCGGGCAGCAGGACUUUGAUCAACAGUCUGGAGUAUAGUCUGACCUCUCUAGCCUUGGCUUUAUACAUAACCUUGACGAGACAGGAUUCUAAACCUAGAAGGUUUAAAUACCCUGGAGAACUAUAUCUGCCUGUAAUUGCUCUGUGUUUUAUGCUCCGACCAACAUCUGCCCUAAUCUGGAUUCCUCUAGUUAUACUUCAUCUCAAAUCAUCUUUUAGAUACAGAGGUCUUCUAUCCCUGGUUCCCUGGGUACUCCUCUCUGUCCUUGUGGUCAUACUAUGUGUUUCUAUUGAUUCUAUAUUCUACUCCCAGCCAACCCUCGUCAACUUCAACUUCUUCUAUAUAAACGUAUACAAGAACCUAGGCGAAAUAUACGGAACCCACCCCUGGCAUUGGUAUUUUUCUUCCGCCCUCCCCUCUCUACUUGGUCCUCUACUCCUCCUCCUUGUUCCAGGAUUCAGACACGCCCCUUUAUAUCUUCUCCUCCCACUUGGGGUGAACCUGGUCUGCCUUUCUCUUCUUCCGCAUAAGGAAAUCCGGUUUCUACAGUCAAGUCUUCCUUUCCUUGUGAUUAUCAUAUCUGAGCAGUUAUGUGGUCUUUCCAGAGCUAGGCAAAGGAUGAUAAAGAUAGUGUUCUUGUUCAUGAAUAUUCUGUUGACUCUCUACCUGUCCAUAGUACAUCAGAGGGGAGUAGUGGACGCAGUGAUAUCCAUCCCACACUAUAAAACAGAAAUUGGUAACAAAGAAAUGAGUGUUCUCUUCCUGAUGCCAUGUCAUUCUACUCCUUUAUACAGCCAUAUCCAUACAAACAUUAGUACCAGGUUUCUGCACUGUGAACCGAACCUGACUAGUUCUCCAGGGUAUAUGGAUGAAGCUGACAGGUUCUACUCUGACCCUGAGCUAUGGUUGGAGCAGAUCAACUUAAAUCCUGAUCUUGUAAUCCUCUUCAACAAUUUACAGGGUCAAAUAUCAGAGUUCUUAAGGAGUUAUAAACUCUGCCAAACCUUCUUCCAUUCUCAUCUUCCUGAAGGCAGGAUUGGAGAACACGUUCUUGUGUUUUGUAAACAAUCAUCUGUUCAACAUUAGUUAGUUUAAACUUAAAGCUGAGAAUGUAUUUUUUUUAAACAUAUGUUAAAUCAUUGUUUGUAAAUCAAAGCUGCAACUGAAGCUUGAGAUCGUGGCAUGUCACAGUUUUUUUUCGACUUUUUUUGAAAUAAUCUUUUAUCCUAUGCACCUCUGAUUUUAGUUUACAUCGUUCACCAUAUAAUUAAUUUUUAAAUCUGUAAACUAUGUGUAAUUCUUUGUUUCAGA